AUGCGAAAUAAUGUUAUUACCGCUGAACUUCAACAAGACUUCCCCUUUUUUAAAAAUGUCGCUGGAUCCUUAAAUCGCGUGAAAUUCAAGAAGUGUACAGCCGAGUUUUCCGUAAGUCAUGGUGGCCGAAGUGAUGUAAAUGAUCAUUUAAAAACUGCCAAACAUAGAUCAAGUGAGGAAGCUGCUGUAAGUUCAUCUAAAAUCACCCAAUUUUUCAAAAAUUAUGACGCAGGAGACACAGAGCUGGUAGUAGCUGCUAAAGAAGCAACAUUCGCUUUUCAUACUGCCAAAUAUGAUUUAAGUUUCAAAACGUCGGAUUACACCUCCAAAAGGAAAGAAAAGAAACUUGCACCUGUUGUUGUACGAUAUUUUGUCCCAAACGAAGGAGUACACGUCAAACUUCUCGACUUCCAGUCAAUUGUUGGAGAAACGUCCCAAAUUUUAAGUGAUCAUCUGGUCGCAGUUAUUAGAAAAUUUAAUAUUUCGGAAAAGACCGUUGGCUAUUGUGGAGACAACUGUAAUAUGAACUUCGGUGCUGACUAUGCAAGGGAAAUCGGACGGGAAAUAAUAGGAAUAGGUUGCGGGGCGCAUAUUGUACACAACUGUUUACAAAAUGCUGUGGAUGUGUUACCAAUUGAUUUAGAAAGCCUUGUCGUGAAAAUUUACAAAUAUGUUCACAUUUAUACCGUACGGGUUACUCAAUUGCAAGAAUUUUGCACAUUAGUAAAUGUUGAAUACAAAAAACUACUGCAACACGGAAAGCAAUGCCCACUUGCAAUAAAAAAGUUCUUUGACGACGAACGGGGGGAAUUGUACUUAUGGUUUGUGCAUGGUCAAUUGCAAUUGUUUAAUCAGACAAUUCUUAAUAUGGAGAAAUCGGAUGUUAGUGCCACAGACGUCGCAAUGCAAAUGAUAAGGCUAAAGACAAACCUGCAAGACAGAUUAGAAAACAAAUUUAUCCCGCAUGGUGCCAAGCAAAUACUGAAGAAAUUAGAGGGCGAUCUAAGAGUAAAUAUAAAUGAGUUCAAUGAAGAGAUUUGCGGUUUUUACAGAAGAGCCAUUCAAUAUUUGGAGUUGUGA